UACGAGACCUUAUGGGACGUUUGGUAUUUUGGUAAUGCAAAAGAAUUAUUAAUAUACCACAUAUCAUUAUCGUUCAAAUCAUUUCUCCUUCUGCAUGUCAAGAUGUUCCUUUUGACAUGGCAGUUCCUAUCCUUCUUUUUCUUAAUAUAUAUGCCGCUCCUCUACUUUCUCCACUCGUUCUUAAGCAAAUUCCGGCAGGUUUCCGGCGAUCACGGCCCCACGACGUACCCUAUAAUUGGUUGUUUAAUCUCAUUCUAUAAAAACCGGAGUCGACUUUUAGAUUGGUAUACACAGCAUCUUUCAGAAUCACCAACCAGCACUAUUGUUGUGGAUAGGCUUGGUGCCCGUAGAACUAUUGUUACUGCUAAUCCAGAAAAUGUUGAGUAUAUGCUCAAAACUAACUUUAAUAACUUUCCUAAAGGCAAGCCUUUUACUGAUAUUCUUGGGGAUUUUCUUGGCUAUGGGAUAUUCAAUGUUGAUGGUGAACUUUGGCAUACACAACGAAAGCUAGCUAGCCGCGAGUUCACGGCUAAAUCGCUGCGAGAAUUCUUCAUGAUCACAUUGGAGGAAGAAGUAGAAAAUGGUUUGUUGCCAGUUUUGGAGUCAUUAGCAGCAAGAGAAGAGGUUGUGGACUUACAAGAGCUGCUGAGACGGCUGGCAUUCAAUAUGAUUUGUAAGGUGUCUUUGGGAACUCAAAGAUGUAGUUUAGAUCCUUCUCUACCUCCUCCGCCUCUUGCCGAAGCUUUUGAUAUGGCGUCGGAUAUAAGCGCGAGGCGGGCAGCUGCUCCUUUAUUUGUAGUUUGGAAGAUCAAGAGGUGGCUUGGUAUUGGAUCUGAGAAAAGGCUUAAAGAUGCUGUUGAAGAACUUCAUCAAUAUGUCGGGGAAAUUAUUGCUGACAGGGAGCAAAUGAUAGAACAAAGAGGAGAAAACGACGGCGAAGAUUUUCUUUCUAGACUUCUAUUGGCUGGCCAUGGGGAGAAGGUGAUAAGAGACAUGGUAAUAAGUUUCAUUAUGGCCGGAAGGGAUACGACUUCAGCUGCCAUGACAUGGCUCUUCUGGUUACUCUCUUGUUAUCCAGGGAUAGAGGAAGAGACAGUGAAAGAGACAAAUUUUAUGUUAAAAAGUCGGUUAGACUAUGACUCGUUGAAGGAAUUAAAACUGUUAAAAGCGUGCCUCUGCGAGUCAAUGAGACUCUACCCACCGGUAGUGUGGGACUCGAAGCACGCCCUUGUCGAUGACAUGUUGCCGGAUAAUACUCGUGUUCGAGCAGGAGACAGGGUGACUUACUUCCCAUACGGGAUGGGGAGAAUGGAGGCAUUAUGGGGAAAGGACUGGCGAGAAUUCAGACCAGACCGAUGGUUUCAUGAAGCCGGAAAGAAAAGGUCAAUGAAGAAGGUUUGUUCUUUCAAGUUCCCAAUCUUUCAAGCUGGACCAAGAGUAUGCCUAGGAAAGGAAAUGGCUUUCAUUCAGAUGAAAUAUGUGGUGUCUUCCAUUCUCAGGCGGUUUGAAAUCAGACCAGUGAGUUCAGACAAGCCAGUCUACGUGCCACGGUUGACGGCUCACAUGGCCGGCGGGUUCAAGGUAGUGGUCAGAAAGAGGACUGAAGAUAAGUAUGUCUGACUAAUUAAAUAACGAUUCAACCAAUGAGCUAUGGCUCAAAUGGUACAAGCGUUGAGCAGUAAACUGCUAGGUUGUGGGUUCGUUUCCUCCCACAAGCGCUCCCCCUCCUCCAAUUAUCAAAAAAAAAAAAACGAUUCAGCGGUGCAUACUUUAGAAUUGAUGGAAGGUGCAUGUGACAUGCCAUUUAUUUGUCAUCAUUAAACAUGUAAAAUAAAUACGAGUAGAUGAAUUAUAAAAAUAUCCACUGACUAUAACUGCUAA